UCGAGUAUUCUACGCUCUAUGUCAGUUGCUAUCUUGUCAACAUACUUAACCUAAAGUGUACUUAACCUGUACAUUUCUUAUAUUUAUUUAUAAAUAACACUUUUCGUGAUUAAUUUUAUUAUAUUAAGUUAAAAACAUGUCGGAACGUAAAGUUUUAAAUAAAUAUUAUCCACCGGAUUUCGAUCCGUCAAAAAUUCCUCGUAUGAAAUUAGCCCGCAAUAGACAAUAUACGGUACGUUUAAUGGCUCCUUUUAAUAUGAGAUGCAAAACUUGUGGAGAAUAUAUUUAUAAAGGAAAAAAAUUUAAUGCCCGUAAAGAAGAUGUUGAAGGUGAUGAUUAUUUAGGAAUACGAAUUUACAGAUUUUAUAUAAAAUGUACUCGGUGCCUUCAAGAAAUAAGUUUCAAAACAGAUCCUAAGAAUACAGAUUAUGAGAUUGAAGCAGGUGCCACUAGGAAUUUUAUGGCUCUCAAAUUAGCUGAAGAACAAGCACAAAGAGAAGAAGAUGAAGAAAAAGAAGAAGAGGCUACUAAUCCAAUGAAACUUUUAGAAAAAAGAACAUUACAAUCAAAACAGGAAUUAGAAUUGUUAGAAUCUUUAGAAGAAUUAAAAGAUUUGAAUCGUAGACAGCAAACUAUUGAUUAUGAUCAAAUGUUAGAACAAUUUGAUACAGAAACAGCUAAACAAAGAACCGAAAAAGAACAAGAAGAAUAUGAUGAAGAAUGUGUUAAAGCAAUAUUUGGUAAAAAAAUUGUUGUAGAAGAAGAAAUUGUAGAAUUAGAUGAAAAUGAAACUAAUGAACCACCAAAAAAAAUAAUGAAAAAAAAUAAAAAUAAAAAUGAGAACAAUAUAUCUACGAUAGAACAAGAAAAAACUAAGGAGAAUCAAAGGAUAAAACCAUCUGAAGCAUCAUUAUGGUCUGAAAGUAUAUCAUCUUCAUCAAAUAGAAAAAACUUGUUAGGUAUAGUGAAGAGAAAAACAACAACAAACUUAGUUAAAGUAAAUAUGAAUUCUUCAGUUACUAAUACAGAUAAGAAAGAAAUUCAAACUGUGACAAGCAAAGAGACAGGUAUUUCUAUAGAAGAACACAAAACAUCUGAAAACACACAUAAUUCAACAAACAAUAGCAACAAUGGGCUUUCUUUACUGGGAACAUAUUCUGGUAGCAGUGAUAAUGAUAGUAAUUAAUAUUGUGUUCAAUAUUGUAUAUAUAAUUUAAUUUUAUAACAUUUAUUAUAAAAUAAAGUAUGCAUACAAAACAUACAAGGAUAUAAAUAAGCCUCAUCGGAUAUAAUGGUGUAAAUCAAUAUAUCAAUAAUUUUUUAACUUUUUUAACAAAUUCAAAAUAUAAAAUUACCACUCAAUUUACACUUUUUUUUAAAACAUUGCUAACAAUUUGCGAUUCGAUUAUUGUAUUGAAUAUUGAAUUAACAAUAUCUUGCGAAGACGUAGAAUACCGCUUACCAAAGGCUUAAUAACACAAAAUAAUCUCUUUGUUUGUGAUCGAAAUUCAUGGAGACAUUUACCGCGUCGGUGAUUAGAAAGUUCCUUACAGGAUGCCGAAGCCCUUACCCCUAAAACAGAAAAACCAAAUCAGAAAAACAAAAAGAAAUGAAUAAAUUAAAAAUCGGUCUGUUUCAAAGGCUAGGCACUCUGUAAGGAACUUGGUAUCAACGAUAUUACAUUGAAAACUCGGUAGCAGGGAGUACCUAGCCUAUUAAAUCAGACCAUAUUAAUACAAUAUUUAAAUUUAUUUACAAUGUAUAUCACUAAUUGUUCUUACAAAUGAUAUAUGAAUUUUUAUUAUUGAAGUUUUAAUCUAUGGUCAAUUAUAUUAAUAAUGAUUGUAAAUAAUGUGUAUAAUCAGUAACAGACUUAUGGUAAUAUUUCUAGAAAAUUUAAUUGAAUCAUAUCUCAUGUAUUAUUUGCGACACGUGUUUAUUGUAUUACUGAGAAAAUUAAAAUUUAAUAAU